AUGAGCAGCACAUUUGUCACAUUAGCUGAAGUACUGGAGGCACGAGGGGGACCUCUGCUGGAGGAGGAGGUCUGGUCCCUGCUGCUGGCCACUGCAGAGUCUUUAGUGGAUGUCUCUUAUAAGGGUCAGAACAAUAUGUAUAAUAUCAUAAGCCCCACCUCCUUGCUGCUGUCAGCCACUGGUACAUUAGCAUUUAAGAAUUGUGGCCUAUCAGAUGAGGUAUCCACCUUCACUGCUCCAGAGAUGCUGCAGGGCCGUGCCAGCUCAACCAAACCUGCCAUAGAGAGGAUGCAGGUGUAUUCACUGGGUAUGACGCUCUACUGGUCAGUUGAUUUUCACUUACCUCAAAAUCAGCCAGUCCAGUUGAGUGACCAUCUAAACAGCCUCCUGCUCAGCAUGUGUGAGGACCUGGCCCACCGGAGGGUGAAUCUUAUCUCCAUCCUGGAAGGCUGCGAAUUUCAGCAUAAAGCGACCAUCCUGCCGCCCCCCGCCCAAGUCAUCAGACAGCUGGUGGAGGAGGUUUUUCACGAAUCAGUGGACCAUGGCUCUCUGCCAGACAGUCACGUCCCUUUGAGUGGCAGGAGUCAGAUGAUCAGAGAGAAACUUCAUGGAAAGAGAGGGCCACUUUCAGACUUCAGCGAAGGCAGUGGUGAAGGGAGAAGAUACUCAACGGACUCUGACUCAAAGUCAGGGAGUUUACCUCAGAGACCUUGGAGACAAAGACCAAGGAGCUCUCCCACACCGCUGUACCAAUCUUCUUUAGACCGACUCCCUCGUGGGGUCCGUCACAGGGACAGCAACUGCAGUUGGCUUGGUAGGAGCCCCCAACACGACAUCUCUCCCAAGACAUUGGGCAGAUCUCACAGUCCUUCCAUCACCUUCAGCGAGUCCUCGCUCAGCCUGAGCCAGAGGAAAGCUAAGUAUUUAGUUGAAGAAUGA